AGGGAGAAAUGAAGGGAGAGGAUCGGAAUCCAGAAAUAUAGGAAGAGGAACAGUAAAUUGAUUUCCAUGGGCGAAGGCGGGGUCACCAUCACGUGCACUCCCUCUCACUUUGCCGGCCAAAUCUCCGUUUCUACUACUUCUUCUUCUUCUAUAUUUCAAUUUCCCGUCACUGCCACUCUCUCGCCGGUUAUUAAACUCUCUCUUUCGUUUCUCAACUUUCUCCAUUUCCACUCCCAUCACUAGCGCCAACUUCCUCUCUUGAUCGCCAUUACCCACUUCACCCUUUUCGCCAUUUUUCUCUGGCCAUGUCAGAGAAAGCUCUUAAACCAGUUAGCACAGUUCCUGGACUGGAAGGGAGCAAUGAAAGCUCAUGUAAAGGGGAUCUUAGUAAACAUGGAAUGGGGACUGCUAAUGGGAAUGUUGAAGAGUUGAAAAAUAAAGGCUCUGCUUCUAUCAGACCUCAAGUAAAUGGUGAAAAUAGUAAUCCUGGUGCUGAGGUUGGUAGUUCAGAAGUAGAAUAUAUUGAAUCUGAGAAUUUGACCGAUUUAGAAGAUGUUUCAUCGAGCCUUAAGACGCUCUUAGCUGGAUUGGAAUCAAAAGAUUGGGUUUUGGUUUGUGGAGCACUGAACAAUACAAGACGGCUAGCAAUAUAUCACAGGGAAGAUAUGCUUGAUAUGCUGGGAGAUGUGAUCUCACUUUUGGUGAAAUCAAUGAAAAAUCCUAGAAGCGCUGUCUGCAAGACUGCACUUAUGACAUCUGCGGACAUUUUCAGCGCUUAUAAUGACAAAAUGAUUGAAUCAUUGGAUCCCAUUCUGGUGCAACUUCUUCUGAAGUCUUCUCAAGACAAACGUUUUGUAUGUGAAGCAGCUGAGAAGGCUCUGGUAGCGAUGACUAGUUCAUUUUCCCCAGAAUUAUUGUUACCAAAAUUGGAACCAUAUCUUAAGAAUAGAAAUCCGAGAAUUCGAGCCAAGGCUUCAAUGUGCUUUUGUCGAAGUGUCCCAAGACUGGGUGUUGAAGGGAUAAGAGCAUAUGGGAUUGACAAAUUGAUUCAAACAGCAGCAUCCCAACUCAGUGACCAGCUUCCUGAGUCGAGGGAGGCAGCUCGAAUUCUCCUUCUGGAGUUGCAAUCUGUGUACGAAAAGUUCCCAAACCUCCCAACGACAAUGCCUGAAGAUCCAGAAAAGGGUUCUUGGGAAGACUUUUGUCAAUCCAAGCUCUCCCCUUUAAGUGCACAAGCUGUCCUUCGCGUCACGAAUGUUUCUCGAGAAGGUAUUGUCUCAAGUUCUUGACGCUUAAUAAUGGUGAUAAUAUCGAAACUUCAAUAUGUGUACUUCCCCCUUGUUCUUGAACCUCUAGCCAUGUGAGGAGCUUUAGCGCGGCUAGCAUAUAGUCCACGAUAGCUAUCAUUCUUUCCCUUUCUUUUGGUUUGCUUGCCAGAUUUCAUUGUAAAUUCUUUGAGAACUUUUGAGGUACUCAAAAUACGGUUGAAGCGUGUACUUUUUGCUAUUUCUGCCUAUAGCUUAUAGUAGAUGCAAUAUUCUUUCGGAACCACUUGAAACUCUGAGAUUGAUGGUGUGAAUAUUAUCAAUACAAAAAUUGGAAGUUUAGGGAAUAA